CUAAAUAUUCUGUAAGGUUUGCUUUUGAAUGUGAACCACUUGAAAUCAAUUUAUCAUUUAAGAUGUUAUUUAUUAUAUUUAUUUUGUAUUUUUGAUGUGUGUAAUAGUCAUGUUACUUAGAUGUAUCAAAUAUUCAUAGUUUAGUAGUCCGUGUAGUAGUGGUUAAUCCGGAUUCGCGAUCCACAUUUACUCAUUGUCAUCGUUGUGUUGCUUUAUGUUUUAACACAUUCAUACUGUUUUAUCGUGUUGGGAGUAUUUUUAGAACUCGACUGUGGUAUUGAGCCUGAUGUCUUUGUAAACAUAUGAUUGUAAAUACUUGCGCUGUUUUUAUUAUGACUAAAUAUAAUAGUGAUUUAUUGUUUGAAUGAACAGUUUUACCUGAAAGUGAUGAUAAAACCUGAUACUUAUGAAGUGGAAAGUUUUCAAGAAGUGUAAUUGCAUAUUUAUGUCGGUAGUGGCGCGGUGAGGGCGACGGCAUGUGUCACGGCGCGCGGGUGCUCCUACUCGCGGCGCUGGGGCUGCUGGCCGUUCCUUCGGUCGCCGUCCCCCUGAAGAAGUACAACAUUACAGUCGGUUACCUGCCUUCCAUCAAGGGGGAGCAGAGAGACAGGCAGGGUCUCGCUAUAUCCGGCGCUCUCUCUAUGGCGCUGGAAGACAUCAACAACAGCACACAACUGCUUCCUGAUGUUCGUCUGUUGUUGGAAUGGAACGACACAAAGUGUGACGAGGUGACGGCCACUCGUCUGUUGACACACAUGAGCUGUUCAGGUGUCGUAGCUUUCUUCGGACCAGAGGGACGUUGUCAGACCGAGGCCAUAAUAGCUCAGUCAAGAAACCUGCCAAUGAUCGCUUAUAAAUGUUCUGAUUAUCAAACAUCGAAGUUAUCUACCUUCGCAAGACUCGAACCGCCUGACACUCAGGCAACGAAAUCUGUGAUAUCCUUACUGAGGUACUAUAGAUGGAACAAAUUUUCAAUAUUGUACGAAGAGUCGUGGGUGACGGUUGCUCUGACGUUGGAGAACCACGCGAAGAAGAACAACAUGACAGUGAACCACCAGAGACCGGUCAUCGAUGGGUUUAAGUGCUGUGAGGAGAAGAUGGCCUGCUGUGCUCCAGGGUUCUGGUACCAAUUCAUACAGGAGACCAAGAAUAGAACUAGAAUAUAUGUUUUCUUGGGAUCGACUGCUGGAUUAAUAGAAAUGAUGACUGCGAUGGAGUCUCUACAGCUGUUCGUGAAAGGAGAGUACAUGGUCAUAUUCGUAGACAUGAUGACAUACAGUCCAAAGGAUUCGCUGAAGUAUUUAAUAAAAACCGAGGACCGCGGUUCGAAGCUGGUGUGUCACAAUACUCCGGAGUUCCACAAGCGGGCGCAGUCCUUACUCGUGGUGGUGUCCUCGGAGCCGGAGGGCAGCUACGAGUACUUCACGAGUCGUGUACGGAUCUACAACAGUAUGAAGCCCUUCGAGUUCCCGCUGCCAGCUGUCUUCACACAUAGGUUCAACAAGUACGUUUCCAUCUACGCGGCGUAUUUGUACGACUCUGUAAAGCUGUACGCGACGGCGCUACACCAGAUCAUCGAAGAGGAGACCACGUACAAGAACGAAACGCUUACAUAUGAAAAAUUACAGAGCAUUGUUACCAACGGUACACACAUCGUCGCAAAAAUGAUUUCAACCACACCAUUCAAUAGUGUAUCCGGAAUGUCCAUUAGAUUGGACGAACGUGCCGACUCCGAGGGUAACUUCUCACUGUUGGCUUUCAAACCAGCCAACUUUACCGACGAUGAAAUUAAUUGCACCCACAGCAUGAUCCCCGUCGGACACUUCCAACAAAGCACUAAACUAUUCCCCGAAUAUAAAUUGAAUUCGAAACUGCCAAUCGACUGGCCCGACAGCGUGAAGCCGGAAGACGAGCCUUCCUGCGGCUUCCUCAACGAGAAGUGCCCCAAAGACGACUCACAAAUAACAUCAUUAGUGGUGGCCGGCACAUUGGGAGUGACGUUGUUCUGCGCCUUGGUGGUCACUAUCAGUAUAUACAGGAAGUGGAAGAUAGAACAGGAAAUCGAAGGGUUGCUGUGGAAGAUCGACCCCCAGGACAUAGACGGAUACUUGGGCAGUGGACUCAUCUGUUCACCGAGUAAGUUAAGCGUGGCCAGCGGUAUGUCGUACGAGAGCAAAGGUUGGACACAAAUUUUCGCGCCGACGGCACAGUAUAGAGGGAAUAUGGUCAGGAUAAAAGAACUGAAGUUCACUAAGAAAAAGGACAUCUGCCGCGAGGUGAUGAAGGAGAUGCGUCUCCUCCGCGAGCUCCGUCACGACAACCUCAACUCGUUCAUCGGAGCCGUGGUGGAGCCGCUCAGAGUGUUGCUCAUCACCGACUACUGCGCCAAGGGUAGCUUGUAUGAUAUAAUAGAGAAUGAAGAUAUCAAGUUGGAUAAGAUGUUUAUAUCUUCAUUGGUUCAUGAUCUCAUUAAGGGUAUGAUUUUCAUUCACUCGUCGCCGUUAGUUUUCCACGGGAAUCUCAAGUCCUCGAAUUGCGUUGUCACGUCACGUUGGAUGUUACAGGUAUCCGAUUUUGGUUUGCAUGAAUUGCGAUGUUGCGCUGAAAACGAGUAUAUUGGGGAACAUCAGUACUAUAGAGGUCUGUUAUGGAAGUCUCCGGAGCUGUUGAGACAACUGGGUGAUCCCAACGGUACUGUAGGCUCGCAGAAAGGUGAUGUGUACGCGUUUGGGAUCAUACUGUACGAAAUAAUCGCUAGAAGAGGACCUUUUGGAGCGACGUCACUAGAACCUAAAGAUAUAGUGGAGCGUGUGAAGCGCGGCCGUCGCGGCUGUGAGGAGUCCUUCCGGCCCGACACACGUGCUCUGGACGUGGAAGAGUACGUGAUAAGUUGUAUGAGGGAUUGCUGGGCCGAGGAUCCCGUACUACGACCAGAUUUCCCAGCAGUUCGCGCCAGGCUCAAGAGGAUGAAGUCCGGCAAGUCCAGGAACAUAAUGGAUCAAAUGAUGGAUAUGAUGGAGAAGUACGCGAAUAAUUUGGAAGAACUAGUCAAUGAAAGGACCAGGCUACUGUUUGAGGAGAAGCAGAAGACAGAAGACUUGCUGCACAGGAUGUUGCCAGAGUCGGUCGCACACCGGCUGACUACAGGCGAGGGUGUGGAGCCGGAGUCGUUUGACUCCGUGACCAUAUACUUCAGCGACAUAGUCGGCUUCACGGCCAUGUCCGCAGAGAGCACUCCGCUACAGGUCGUCAACUUCCUCAACGAUCUCUACACAGUGUUUGACAGGAUCAUAAGAGGCUACGACGUGUAUAAAGUGGAAACUAUAGGGGACGCUUACAUGGUGGUAUCUGGUCUUCCAAUAAGAAACAACGACAGACACGUCGGUGAAAUAGCAUCGAUGGCGUUGGAGCUCCUUAACGCCGUGAAGACUCACAAAAUAUCACACAGACCGAACGAAAUUUUGAAAUUAAGAAUAGGAAUACACACAGGUGCGGUGGUGGCCGGCGUGGUGGGCCUGACCAUGCCUCGCUACUGUUUGUUCGGCGACACAGUGAACACGGCCUCCCGUAUGGAGUCCAACGGGGAGCCUCUCCGUAUACACAUCUCCCCCAGCUGUAAGAUAGCUCUGGACAAACUGGGCGGGUACAUCGUGGAGCCACGAGGAACUAUACCUAUUAAGGGCAAGGGGCAGUUGCAAACGUUCUGGCUGGUGGGCGCAACCGAGAAAGCUAUUCAGAAGCGGCCGGUGGAGGGAGAGGAGCGACCGCUGUUCUGUCGACCGAGACGAAGUCCACGUUUGACUGAUUCUAGACAUCCUUCUAUCUCUGAGCUGAAGCCGCUCGUACGACGCGCCGCGCUCGCCGCUCACGCCGCCAACACCAAGCGAGCAUUGAGUUCCAUCGCGUCGUCGACGGCAUGUGAGGGAGCGGGCGCCAUGUGUCCGGAGACGGGUCCGUUGUCUUGUGGGGCGGCGGCGGGGGUCGGGGCCGCGUUGCGUCCUGCUCGCUCGCUGGACGUACUUCCGGCUCGCGAGCGUCUGCGUCGGCAUUACACGACCCGCUCGCUCGACGUGGACGUGGCCAUCGCCACCGUCUCCUCGUCUCUGUACAACGGCGCCGCCCUCGUUCCUCCGGACGAGCCGCCGCGUGCUGACGAGGACAGCCCGCUGCUGCGACAGGCGAGCCUCUGCAACAAACUGGACCGCCCCAAGCGCAAGGUGCCCGACUCUGACUUCAUAGAGUUCUACAAAAAGUGGCGCUCGCUCGAGAACGUCGCGGACUCCAAGGGUGCCAAGAUCCCUCGUUUCGCGAUCCGCUCGUGGCUGCGAGGCAUCUUCGGCGGCGGGGGCGGCGCUCGCAGUACGUCCUCGUCCUUGCGUCGCGCGCCCCAGCUGGUCGACCGGGAGUCCGCCGUCUAGUGACCCCCCACCCACUAUGUAUAUUGCGUUAUAUGUAUAUGAUAUGCCGUUGUAAAUAAUACGUGUAAGUAAAACGAUGUUACCGUCAAUUGUGAAAUAAGAGUUUAAUGUUAUUAAAUAAUUUCUAUCGAA